CUGCUGGCUCUUGCCGAUGAAGAAGGAAACCGAACACCAGCUGGGACGUAUCCUCGCCAACUAGCAAACAAGGACGAAACAGGGGCACACGAUCGGAGCGAAGGAUCACAAAGGACUCGUGCCACGCCAGGCAGGGGGUUGGUGAUAGCGCCUCCUAAAAAGGAAUUCCAACUCAUGCGGUCGGGGGUCGAGACAAAGUGAUCCUGGCGCAAGGAGCAGGACAGGACGGACAGGAGUUGCUUAUCAGCCAUGCAGCCAGAAACCGGGGUGGCUGAGGGUUGAAACUCCGGUCUUAUCUUAAAGCUCGAAGGGUGUCGAAAUCGAGCAGAUGUGCAAACAAACACCACAACACCGCUGAUGGAUGACUGACGGAGAACCACUCGUUACGCCUUGAGGGGAGGCACCAGUUUCCACCGAUCGACGCGUGCCCGACACACUCGGAGAUCCUAAACAAUAAUCCAACUAAGCAACCAUUGACUGAGCAUUAAAAUUCCAACCUGGAUACGAAUUUAGAAGUAUUAUAAUGUCGCUGGAGAACAGCUUCGAAGCAUUAGACUUCACUUUGGCUACCGAGAGUGCGGCGAAAGUAGUGCCAGAUAUCGAUAGAGUAUCGGCCGAUCAAGCACCGAUGACAGCAGCAAAUAAAUACAAAUCUUCCGAUAAGGAAAACGAACCGGACCCCCACCACCUUACUAAUGCGCCGGGUACCAUUAUGACCACUGGCGCGGUAGCUCAACCAGCCACGCCAACGGUAGCCACUGCCACGUCUGCAACCGCGACCCCCGCUGGCAAGGAUGCCACCGACGGGGGCACGGGAGAGCUCAAAUUCCAGUCGUAUGUAAACGGCAACGGCAAUGGUGUAUACAAGAUCAUGAAAACGCUGGGAAAAGGCAAUUUUGCCAAAGUUAAGCUAGCGUUGCAUGUACCCACCGGCCGGGAGGUGGCCAUCAAAGUGAUUGACAAGACGCAGCUGAACACUAGCGCGCGCCAGAAGUUGUACCGCGAAGUCAAGAUCAUGAAGCUGCUGAAUCACCCGAAUAUCAUUCGCCUCUUCCAGGUGAUCGAGUCGGAGCGUACGCUGUACCUGGUGAUGGAGUAUGCCAGCCGGGGCGAGCUCUUCGAUCAUCUGGUGAAGAACGGCAGGAUGCGUGAGCGUGAUGCUCGGGUGAUCUUUCGGCAGCUGGUGUCUGCAAUUCAGUAUUGCCACAGCAAGUUUGUGGUGCAUCGUGACCUCAAGGCGGAGAAUCUGCUACUUGACCAACAUCUGAACAUUAAGAUUGCGGACUUUGGCUUUGGCAAUACCUUCGAUCCGAAUGCGCACAUGGAGACGUUUUGUGGCAGUCCGCCAUAUGCCGCACCGGAACUCUUCAUGGGCCGGAAGUACGCCGGGCCGGAGGUGGAUGCCUGGUCCCUGGGCGUGGUUUUGUACACCUUGGUGUCAGGAUCUCUGCCCUUCGAUGGUGGCACUCUGAAAGAGCUGCGCGAUCGCGUCUUGCGGGGCAAAUAUCGAGUGCCCUACUACAUUUCCAUGGACUGCGAGAAUCUGAUGCGCAAGUUCUUGGUCCUGAAUCCUGCCAAGCGCACAUCGCUGUCGGCCGUCAUGUCCGACAAGUGGAUUAAUCUGGGCCAUGACGAGAACGACCGCCUCCGUGUGUAUCGGGAGAAGCCACUGGAUCUGCAGGAUCCCGAUCGCUACGAUGUGCUGGUAUCCAUGGGCCACAAGCACCGCGAUGUGGUCAAGUCGGUGAAGGGGCAGCUCUUUGACGACAUCUACUGCUCCUACAUGCUUCUCGACGUGGCCAAGCCGCGCCACUCGCAGCGCCACGCGCGAUCCUCGAGCGAUGUGAGCAGUACUCCUCCACAGAUUGGACUACCACAACCCUCGAUCACCACGCCCACUGUGACCAUAGCACAGGUUACACUGGCCCUGGACAACAGUCCGCCGCCCACUCAAUCCCAAACUAGUCGCCCCAUAGCGUCUCGCCUGACCAAUGGCCAUACCACGACCUCGACCUCAACGCCUCCAGCGGGUCCACCUGCCAAGCCCACCCGCCGCACUCCCGCUCGCAAGGCCUCUGGUCCCGCGUGUGGCCAAGGACGAUCAGAGGCAACAAGUCAGUCCAAGCGGGGGGCGGCAGGUGUCACGGUGGAUGUCAAGCCCACUUUGCUGAGUGCCCAGCGUAAGCUGGCUCAGACCCAGAAGCUAGCCAGCACGCCGCCUCGCUACCAAUACUCCGGAGCCCAAACCCCAAGCACUGCCCAGGGAAUCUCUAGAAGACCCACCACGCUGUACGAGAAGGCAGAGCCGCCGAAUGGCUCUCCCCUCCUGGUGCCCAAGUCACCGGCCAUUGGCGGGCGUCUGUUGGAUCGACUUCAGGGAGCAGCUGGCACUGAGAGAUCCUCCGACAAACCCUUCACCCGACAAAACGCUGUGCGAUCCACCUUCCACUUUGGACAGGGUCGCAGUGGCAAGCGGGGAGCUGGAGCUGGGAACGGAGCUCCGGGAGAGGACGAUCACUAUCAGACGCCGCCACUGUCCGCUGAUGAUACCAAACCAGCCUCCCGGGUGGGUUUCUUCUCGAAACUAACUGCACGGUUUGGCCGCCGGGUGAUCCAUCUGAACGAGAAGGAUGUCACCGAGCAGCGAAAGAAUCUCACCAAAUAGCCAGGUGGCCGUCGGAUAGCAAUCAAUAGAAAUAGAGAAAGUGAAUAGAUAAGGAGAGACUGCCCGUAGACCCAUAAGUGAUAUUUGCGGACAACGGAUCAUGUGGUAUAUCUUACGAAAUUGACUAAAAUCUAGCAUAAUGGUUAAAUGAAAAUAUGUUGCAAGCUGCGGUGAUCGUCUUCGAACUGAACUUGAAACUUUAAUUAAUGAAUCCUUAACUGAGCAGCAUUAGAUAUAUUGAUUGAAUGAAUAAACGA